AAAGUGUUGAAAUGGGGAUAUGAACAAGUUUUUGUUAAAUUCCAUUCCGAGGUUAAAUUUCAUUCCAAAGUUUCCGUCCUUCCGAAUGAAUUAAGUUGGUCUUUUCGUCGUCUUGGUGGUUUUGAACAGUUAGUCCUUGAGUUGCUUUUCUUUUGCACUUUAUGGACAACUUUGACCACGUCGAGCCGGCGGAUAUUAGCGUUCGCGACUUGUAUGUGUCGGUUGGGGGUGGAUGGCAGGGUGCAAGGCGCGUUACAGGGACAGAGGUGCUGAGGAAUGUGGGUCUGCACGUUCCAAGUGGCAAGUUGCUGGCCAUUAUGGGCGGGAGUGGGAGUGGAAAGACUACACUGUUGAAUGCUAUGGCAGGUCGCGUCACCAAUGUCCAAACUACCGGCCAAAUCCUGAUCAACAACCGUCCAGCCAAGACCUAUAUUGCUACCGGUCGUGUUGCAUACGUCCAACAGAGUGAUCAGCUGUUGCCCUAUUUAACCGUCCGCGAAACCCUCCGCUAUGCCGCCCGUCUGCGACUCCCCAAUGACAUGCCGCGAAGUCAGAAAUAUAAACUGGUCGAGGACGUUAUUUUGGAAUUGGGACUGAAAGAAUGUGCGGAUACCAUUGUUGGCGAUGAGUGGCGGAAAGGGAUAUCCGGAGGCGAAAAGAGACGUGUAUCGGUGGGUGUCCAACUCCUGCUUAACCCCAGUAUCAUCUUUAUGGAUGAGCCUACCACUGGUCUGGAUGCGUUCACGUCCCACAGCUUGAUUGAAACCCUCGUCUCCCUCUGUCGAAAAGGCCGAACGAUAUGUGUCUCGAUCCAUCAACCCCGAUCCGAUAUCUUUGACCUCUUUGACUCCAUCGUUCUUCUCAGCCGGGGUGAUCUUGUCUAUUCCGGCGCACGCGCAACUGUUUUGGACUAUUUUGCCAAGCUGGGCUACGAUAUUCCCGAUCAAGUUAACCCGGCUGACUUUUUGAUUGAUGUCACGAGUGUGGAUAAUCGGGAUGAAAAGGCAGAAGAGGAAGGAAAGGAGAGAGUCAAGACUCUUGUUGAAGCAUGGAAGACUGGACGCACCGGGGAGGGCAUUGAGAUGGAGAUUUUACUUCCAUCUGUGGAAGAGAAGACAAAGGAACCCUGUGCCUUUAUGCCGAACAAGCAGAUUGGAGCGUCCUUUUUGGGACAAACCCAAAUUCUUGCCGAGAGAACUUUUAGAAAUUUGUUACAGGACCGACUUACGCUUUGGGGAUCAGUCCUGGAAGUUUUGACUUUGGCUACGGCUGUUGGCUAUGUUUUUUACAAGUUGGAUGAGACCCAGAGUGGGAUUCUUGGUCGUAAAUCGAUGUUGUACAUUACAGCCUCCGUACAAAAUUACCUUGGCCUCAUGUUCAUGAUCUACAAACUUUCCAUGGAAAUGAAGGUAUUUGACCGCGAGCGACUGGACAAAAUGUACGGCGUGAUUCCAUACCUCCUCGGCUGGUUGGUCGCCAACUUCUUCCUCUAUGUGGUCUUGGCUUGCCUCUUUUCCGUCAUUCUGUACUUUAUGUCUGGGUUGCGGACAGAUGAAAUGUGGCAUUUGGGAGUUUUCGCUGGCGGAAACGUAUUGAUGCAGUUUGUAACGAUCGGAUGGGCGUACUUUUGCAUCUCAUGGGCGAGAGAUUUUGCCACAGCCUCUUUGAUUGGAAACUCGUUUUUCACCUUCUUGUCGACGUCCUCUGGGUUUUUCAUUCAGGUCGAUCAAAUUCCCGUCUACCUGCGAUGGUUCAAGGAAAUCUCAUACAUCACUUACGGCUACCGCCUACUAGCCACCAAUGAGUUUACGAACAAUGAGUACGCAUGCCCCGAACUCGGCACUAACGGGCAGGACCCGCGCUGCCAGGGCGAAAGCAUCUUAAAGAGCUUGGGUUUCAAGUCCAACGAUUAUACCACCCCUAUUGUUGCGUUGAUCGUCAAUUAUGCCAUUCUGAUGUUCCUCACUGGUUUGGUGUUGAGACUUAAGCCCCAUUCUGGUGUUCGACAUGCUUCGGCGAUUAUGCGGAAGAAUGGGGAUAAGAAGGACCGAACUCUCGCGAUUGAUGAAGAGAUGCAGCGGGGGGAGGCCAGCGUUCCGAGAAUUGAUAUUCGACUGGAUGAUGUCUCGCUGUACAUUUCCAAAAAGGCCUAUCCGGCAAAGGAGACGACGGCAACGGUUACUCCUAUCCUCCAAAAUAUCACGGCGGAAUUCCCAUCUGGACAACUAUCUGUCAUCUUGGGAGCAUCCGGGGCCGGAAAAUCUACCCUCCUAAAUCUCCUCAUGGGUCGACCCCUCCACACCGGCCCGCUGACCCAAACGACCCAAACGGGGCGUAUAUUAUACAAGGGCGUUGAACUUGACUCUUCAGCCCAAAUUGCGUCCAUUUGCUCGCUGGUCGUCCAGGACGACAACCACCUCUUGCCUGCUCUCACAGCACGCGAAACUUUACGGUAUGCGGCGCUGUUGAGAUUGCCGAGGGAAAUGAGUGUUGGGGAGAAGAUUGAGCGAGCGGAGAAGGUUCUUUUUGAGCUAGGAUUGAAAGAUUGCGCGGACAGGGUUGUGGGAGGAGAGGGCGUCGUCAAGGGUCUUUCUGGCGGUGAGAAGCGACGAUUGAGUAUUGGGAUUCAGAUGUUGACCAACCCGGCCGUUUUGGUUAUUGACGAACCUACAAGUGGUUUGGACGCCUAUACGUCACACAACCUCAUGACCCAACUGAAAGAAAUGGCCAGUACCGGCGGCCGAACGAUUAUUGUCUCAAUUCACCAACCUCGCUCUGACAUUGUCAAACUAUUUGAUCAAAUCCUUCUCCUCGCCCGAGGCGGCCGACCCAUUUAUUCGGGUCCAGCUCGUUCUAUGAUCCCUUACCUAGCAUCUUUGAACCACGUUAUACCGCCGCUGACCAACCCAGCCGAUUUUGCCCUGGAUCUGUCUUCAGUAGACUUGCGUAACGCGGAGGCUGAAGAACGCAGUCGGAAGAGAGUUGAUGAGUUGGUUGUACGGUGGACGACGGAUGGAAAGGCAAAAGUUCAAAAGAGCGAGGACGCUGUAUUGACUUCUGUGGACUUUGCGGGUUUGCAAUAUCGACAGCGUGCGCCGCUUGGGACGUCAUUAGGGGUUUUGAUUAGGAGGAGUAUUGUGAAUAUGAGACGUCAGGUGAACUUGGCAGCGGCGAGGAUUAUGCAAGUAGUUGCCUUGGGCAUUAUUUUCACCUUAUAUUUUGCACGGUUGAGUAAGAAUCAGCCUUCUGUUCAAGCACGGAUGGGUCUUUUGCAACAGCAGGGUUCCCUCAUUUUUGUCGGAAUGCUCAACUGCAUCGCCGUCUUCCCACAAGAACUCAACCUGAUGAAAUUCGAGUACAGGGAUAAUGUGUACAGCGUUGCCUCCUUCUUUUUCAGUUACUUGACCAAUGAGUUGCCAUUUGAAAUUGCAAGUGCGUUGAUAUAUUCUGUGUUUACGAUCUAUGUGAUUGGACUUCAGGCGUCCCUUUCAAACUUUCUUGUCUUUUUCUACGUUGUCUUUUGCUUCAUAAAUACUGGCGAAAGUAUCGGGAUUGCUUUUUGUGCAAUGGUGAACAGUGUCGGAUUCUCUGUGCAAAUCAUGUCGACGGUUAUCUCCCUUCAAGUCAUGAUGUCUGGGUUCCUUUCCGUUAAAAUGCCAGCCUUCCUCGCUGGUAUCAACUAUGCCUUUUUGACAAGAUAUGUAUCCCGCAUUACAGCCAGCCAAGAGUUUGACGGGCUCGAGUUUUAUUGCUCAGAUGCUGAUGUCCGUGAUGGGAUCUGUUUGUACCGGACUGGUGAGGAUGCGUUGAGAUUGUUGGAUUUCGAGAGUGCGAAUAGCGAUUGGGCUUUUAAUAUGACUAUGGUCGCGGUUUUGACCGUUUUGGUACGGGCGAUUGCGUACCUGGUCUUGUGGGGACGCAUGAAGCGAACGUGAUAUUAAUGUAGAUACGACCCUCAUGAAAAAAGUAUAAUAGAUUGUACUUGAAAGGAAUGUAGUUGUAGGGUAUGUUGAAUAAUAGGAUACUAUUAUACUACGA